GGGCAAUCUCGUGAUUCCGAAACUGACACUCAUUUUUCAGACCUAUAAAACCAAAUCCACUUCGCCAAAAAAUCCUAAAAAUUUUACCCCCCCAAAUUCCCCGCCAUUUGCUUCCCCAAAUUCCUCUCAUUUUCUGUUUCCAAUUUCUUCCUCUAGGGCUCCAAACUCCAAACCUCUCUGAACUCAGAAAAACAAAAAAAAGAAGACCCUAAUUCCCUCCAAAAGGCCACCGGAUUUCCACGUUAUUACGCUUCGUACCACUCCUACAUGCUCUGGCACUGCCGAUUGCGGCGGACUCACCGGUUCACCAAUCGAUGAGCAAUCCAAUUGGUUCCGAUUUGAGCUCGGGCUCCUCCGGCUGGGGCAACCGGGGAAUCGGCCUCUCGAACACCGUACACUCGGAGGUCGCGCCGUGCUUGCCUUUGCCUUCGCUCCCGGUGUUCUGCGGCGCAUCCGAUCAAGACCUCUGGCUCUUCGACGAUCCUGGCGGUGGUAGCUUGAAGUCGCUGAAUCGCAGCGAGAUUCUCGCUCAGUCUAUUCGAAUCGCCGAUCUGCUUCGCCAAACAGAUGUGUCUUACUUGAAUCUAAAAAACGAUGCAAGGGCAGCUCCAUAUGGCCAUGUGGAGCCUUUAGAACUACAUCUCCAAGUUCUACAAUGCAAUCCAGAAGCAUUUGAGUGCGGUACUGCAGGUCCUAUUAAGGAGCAAAUCUCUAGCAGUACAGUAUCAGAAAAGAAGCCCUUUAAGCAAAGUGUACCUAUUACAAGUCAAGCUCAAAGAGAUUAUAGUGCAACUCAGAAUUAUCAUCCUGACUAUGUUGUUCCUAAUAGUGUAUCAACUCCGUCUUCUAGAAAACCAAAAGUCAGGAAGAAAGGUACUAAUGAUUUCUCAUCAUCGGUUGGAGUGGAUCCCGCUGAGCUUCAAGACGCCACCAUUGGGAGCUUUAGUGAGUUGAUGGAGGAGUUCUGUGGCAGAGCCGAAAUUCCUACUGAUGAUCGGGAUGAAGCGGAGUGGUUAUCAUUGCCUCUUUCUGAUCUUAGAAUGCUUGUAAAUGAAAUAAUGUCUAUCCGUGCAAAGAAACUCCUACAUUUGGUUCCUGUAGAUAUUCUUGUUAGGCUGUUAAGGGUUCUAGAUCAUCAGAUACAUCGAGCAGAAGGCUUGUCCAUUGAAGAUUGCGAGCAUUCAGAUUCAGAUGUAGUUUCAUCGAUUUUUUGUGCUCUGGAGUCCAUUCAUGCAGCUUUAGCAGUAAUGGGCAAUGAGCAAAUGCAAAAGCAGCUUUAUAAAGAAGAGAUAAUUGAAAGAAUUCUGGAGUUCUCCAGGCAUCAGAUAAUGGAUAUCAUGUGUGGUUAUGAUCCAUCAUAUCGUGCUUUGCAUAAACCAAGUGAAAAUGGGGAACUUGAAGGUGAUGAAGAUGAAGAGCUUGAUGCUGACUUUGGUUCAGCAAGCAAGAAGCGACGGAUUACUAAGACUGUUAAAGUGAAGAAAUCGUCAUUAAACAAGGUCUCCGCUGCUGUGAAUACUAUUCUUCAGAAAAUGUGCACUAUUCUUGGUUUACUCAAGGAUUUGUUGUUAAUAGAGAGGUUAUCUGAUAGUUGCAUCUUACAACUUGUGAAGACGAGCUUUACAACAUUCUUGGUGGAUAAUAUCCAGCUCUUGCAACUGAAAGCGAUUGGUUUAAUCAGUGGGAUAUUCUAUUCGUACACUCAGCAUCGUACUUAUGUGAUGGAUGAAAUACUUCAGCUGCUCUGGAAGUUACCAUCCUCAAAGCGAGCACUAAGAUCCUAUCACCUACCUGAAGAAGAACAGAGACAGAUUCAGAUGGUAACUGCUUUGCUGAUUCAGUUGGUUCACUGUAGUGCAAACCUUCCUGAAGCUUUAAGGCAGGUAUCAAGUGGCAAUUCCAUAUUAGAAGUCUCAAUUGAUUGUAGUUACCCAACCAAAUGCCAUGAAGCGGCCACAGAGGCAUGUUGUCUUUUUUGGACCCGUGUGCUUCAGCGUUUUGCAACUCUGAAGACUCAAGAUGCGUCUGAGAUGAAAGUAAUGAUGGAGAAUCUUGUUAUGGAUUUGCUGACAACAUUGAAUUUACCUGAAUAUCCGGCUUCAGCUCAGGUUUUGGAGGUUCUGUGUGUCUUGCUACUCCAGAAUGCUGGACUGAAAUCUAAAGACAUCUCUGCACGUACAAUGGCCAUUGACCUUCUUGGUACAAUAGCGGCGAGAUUGAAGCGUGAUGCUGUCGUUUGCAGGAGGGACAAAUUUUGGGUAUUACAGGAGUUGGUCAAUGCUGAUGGUGUUGACCACAGAUAUCCAAAAGAUGCAUGUUCUAUCUGUUUGGACGGAAGGGUUGAAAAAUUGUUCUUUAUAUGUCAAAGUUGUCAGAGAUUGUUUCAUGCUGAUUGCAUGGGAGUAACAGAACAUGAAGUUCCUAACAGAAGCUGGCAGUGUCAGAUUUGCCUUUGCAGGAAAGAACUUCUCGUAUUACAAUCAUAUUGCAAGUCGCAGUGCAAGGAUGAUGGGAAAAAGAGUCGCAAAUACUCAGAAAAAAAUCCUGAAGCCUCUGAUCCAAUUACAAAAGUUGAAAUCGUUCAACAGUUGCUACUGAAUUACCUCCAAGAUGUUGGUUCUUCUGAUGACGUGCAUCUCUUUGUUCGCUGGUUUUAUCUCUGUUUGUGGUACAAGGAUGAUCCAAAAUCUCAGGAGAAGUUCAUUUACUAUCUUGCUAGAUUAAAAUCAAAAGCAAUAGUGCGUGAUUCUGGAACUGCUUCUUCAUUGUUGACAAGGGAUUCAGUCAGGAAGAUUACUUUGGCAUUGGGACAAAAUAACUCUUUCUCCAGAGGGUUUGAUAAGAUUCUUCAUAUGCUUCUGGCAAGUUUGAGGGAGAACUCUCCUGUGAUUCGGGCUAAGGCUCUAAAAGCGGUUAGUAUUAUUGUAGAAGCUGAUCCCGAGGUAUUGCGUGAUAAACGUGUUCAGCUGGCUGUUGAAGGAAGGUUUUGUGACUCUGCAAUAUCUGUAAGGGAAGCAGCUUUGGAACUUGUAGGCAGGCAUAUUGCUUCACAUCCUGAUGUUGGUUUGCAGUACUUUGAGAAGGUUGCUGAAAGAAUCAAAGAUACUGGAGUCAGUGUUCGAAAACGAGCGAUCAAAAUUAUUCGAGAUAUGUGCACUUCAAAUGGAAACUUCUCUGAAUUUACGAGUGCAUGCAUUGAGAUCAUUUCUCGUGUUAGUGACGAUGAAUCAAGUAUUCAGGAUCUUGUUUGCAAGACAUUUUAUGAGUUCUGGUUCGAGGAACCUUCUGGUUCUGAGACUCAGUUUUUUGGAGAUGGUAGUUCUGUUCCACUGGAGGUGGCUAAAAAAACCGAGCAGAUUGUUGAGAUGUUGAGAAGGAUGCCAAAUCACCAACUUCUUGUCGCUGUCAUUAAGCGCAACUUAGCUCUUGAUUUUUUUCCACAAUCAGCUAAAGCUGCUGGUAUCAACCCUGUGUCCCUUGCAUCAGUGCGCAAGCGUUGUGAGUUGAUGUGCAAGUGCUUACUGGAAAAGAUAUUGCAGGUUGAGGAAAUGAACAAUGAGGAAAUGGAGGUGCGUGCACUUCCUUAUGUGCUGGUCUUGCAUGCAUUUUGUGUUGUGGAUCCAACGCUCUGUGCCCCUGCCUCUGAUCCUUCACAGUUUGUGGUUACUUUACAGCCAUAUCUUAAGACUCAGGUUGAUAAUCGAAUGGUUGCUCAGUUACUGGAGAGUGUAAUUUUUAUAAUUGAUUCUGUGUUGCCAUUGCUUCGAAAAUUACCUCAAAGUGUUGUUGAAGAACUUGAGCAAGACUUGAAGCACAUGAUCGUUCGGCAUUCCUUCCUGACAGUUGUCCAUGCUUGCAUCAAGUGUCUUUGCUCUGCGGGCAAAGUUGCAGGAAAAGGUGCUAUUGUGAUUGAGCAUCUUAUUCAGGUGUUCUUCAAACGUUUGGAUGCUCAGCUGGUUGAUAACAAGCAGCUAGUGGGGCGGUCCCUUUUUUGCCUUGGAUUGCUUAUCCGCUAUGGCAAAUCUUUGUUGAGUGACCAUAGUAACAAAAUUAUUGAUGUUGUCGGUAGUCUUGGCUUGUUCAAAAAAUAUCUACUUGUUGAGGAUUUCAUUGUAAAGGUUAGAUCAUUGCAGGCAUUAGGCUUUGUUCUAAUUGGUUGGCCUGAAUAUAUGUUGGAAAAAGAUAUUGGGAAAAUAUUAGAGGCAACUUUGUCUUCUGGCUGUGAUGUUCGUAUCAAGAUGCAAGCAUUGCAAAACGUGUACGAAUAUCUUCUUGAUGCGGAAAGUCAAAUGGAAACAGAUAAAGCAAGUAACAACGUAAUUCAUUCUUCUGUAGAAGGUGGCCACAGUGUGCCUGUUGCUGCGGGUGCAGGAGAUACCAACAUAUGCGGGGGUAUAGUUCAGCUGUAUUGGGAGAAUAUUUUAGGUAGAUGUUUGGACUUCAAUGAACAAGUUCGCCAAUUGGCUCUUAAGAUCGUUGAAAUUGUGCUGCGCCAAGGUCUUGUUCAUCCUAUUACUUGUGUCCCAUACCUUAUUGCACUUGAAACAGAUCCACAGGAGGCGAAUUCAAAGUUGGCUCACCAUUUGCUGAUGAAUAUGAAUGAAAAGUACCCUGCAUUUUUUGAAAGCCGUUUGGGGGAUGGCCUUCAAAAAUCAUUCAUUUUUAUACAAUCCAUUAGUGGUAUUCAUGAAAAUGUGAACCUGAAAGUCCAAUCCAAGAUCCCAGGAAAUGUGAAGGGGAAAUCUGAUGGUGUCUCUUUGGCUCAAGCAAGACUUGGAGUUUCUAGAAUCUACAAGCUCAUCCGUGGAAACCGGGUUUCAAGAAAUAAAUUCAUGUCCUCAAUUGUGCGAAAGUUUGAUAACCCAACCUGGAAUGAUUCUAUAGUCCCCUUCAUGAUGUACUGUUCUGAAAUACUUGCUUUACUACCAUUUACAUCACCUGAUGAGCCACUAUAUUUGAUAUAUGCUAUAAACCGAGUUAUACAAGUUAGGGCUGGGGCACUUGAGGCAAAAAUGAAAGCCCUGUGUAUGCAUUUGUCACAAAGAUAUGCAGAGAAGGUAUCUUAUAAGAAUGGACAACCAGGGCCAGCUGUUCAUCCUGAUUUCAAUGAGAUGGCUUCAAUGGAUUUGAAUGGGACAAUUCAACAUGAACCAGCUGGUCAGCCUAUUUUCAACCAUAUGAUGUCAAUGGAUUUGAAUGAGAGUAUUCAACAAGAUCCAGCUGAUCAGUUGGUCUCAAAUCAUGGUACCUCUUGGGGGGAAAAGACGCGCAGUAUCGGCUCAGGUGUUUCUUGUGUUCUUUCUGAAGAUGACGUGCAGAAAGUUCAGGCUGACUGUCUGGCAGCUAUUGCAUUGCAGCUUCUUCUGAAGGUAAAGAGGCACCUAAAAAUUGUCUAUAGCUUGAAUGAUUCUCGGUGCCAGGCGUUUUCUCCAAAUGAACCUGUAAAACCGGGAGAGGUUCUCUCCAGGCAAAACAUUUCCCUUAACAUCGGCGGAACAUCCACCAGUUUGCCUACCACUUACCAAGAAUUGGUACAAAGAUAUCAGGAAUUCAAGAGUUCUCUGAAGGAAGAUACUGUUGAUUACUCGAUUUAUACAGCAAAUAUCAAGAGGAAGCGCCCUACACCCAGAAAAGGGCGGAAACCUGGAUACAUGGGUGGUGAGGAUGAUGAAGACUACAACGAUGAUGAAGAGUGGACAGGUGGGGUUCGCAGGCAAAGUAAUAGUGGCAGGAAGGGUAACAACAGUAGAGGAAGUAGACUACGAUAAUAGUUGUAAGUAUGUGACAGGUAGGCUAACUUGUACAUUUAAGUAGGAAAGGAAUAGAAAUUGGAUAGGAGAGAAAAGAAUAGAAAUAUGGAAACAGAGGAAAGAAAGGCGCUUAAUGGCCUUUUGGAUAGUAAGUACUGGCUCUAAUUGAGGAGCGCCUUCUCUAGCUGUCCCCAUUUUGUAAUUUUCUUGGCAUUAUAGUCACAGCAUUCUUUCUGUUAAUGAAAUCCACUUUCUUUAGAA